AUGUCGGCCAAUCUUCAAAAGAUCAACGACAUCGAGGCCGAGCUCGCGCGGACGCAGAAAAACAAGGCCACAAUGGCCCACAUCUGCUCCCUCAAAGCCCGUCUGGCGCAGCUUAAGCGGGAGCUUAUCGCCUCCGACUCCAAAAAAGGCGGCGGCAAAGGCGAAGGCUUCGACGUUCAGAAAACCGGCGACGCGCGGAUCGGGUUUAUCGGUUUCCCCUCCGUCGGGAAAUCCACGCUGCUGACGAAGAUGACCUCCACGCGGUCGGAGGUGGGGGCCUACGAGUUCACCACCUUAACCUGCGUUCCGGGCGUCGUGAAUUACCGCGGGGCGAAACUCCAGAUGUUGGAUUUGCCCGGUAUUAUCGAGGGCGCCAAGGAAGGAAAAGGCCGUGGGCGGCAGGUGAUCGCGGUGGCCCGGACUUGCUCGUUAAUUUUGAUCAUCCUUGACGUGGCGAAGCCGCUCCAGCAUAAGCUGAUUAUCGAGCGCGAACUUGACGGGUUCGGGAUCCGGCUCAACACCUCCCCGCCGGAUAUUGUGAUUCGGAAGAAAGAUCGCGGGGGGAUUAGCAUUUCCUCCACCUGCCCCCUCACCCAGCUCGACGAUGAGACGAUUCGGACGAUUCUCGGGGAGUAUCGAAUGUCCAACGCGGAUAUCCUCUUUUCGGGCGAUUACAGCGCCGACGAGCUCAUUGACGUGAUUGAGGGGAAUCGCAUUUAUAUCCCCUGCGUUUACGUUUUGAACAAGAUCGACCAAAUCUCCAUCGAGGAGCUCGACAUCAUCGCGCGGAUUCCGCACAACUGCCCGAUCUCGGCCCAUCAUGGGUGGAAUUUGGACGGGUUGUUGGAGUGCAUUUGGGAGCAUUUGAGCUUUAUUCGCGUCUACACGAAGCCGAAAGGGCAGGUCCCAGAUUACGACGAGCCGGUGAUCUUGAAAAUCAUCCCGCCGCCAAAGAUCGAGAACUUUUGCAAUCGGAUUCACCGCCAGCUGCUGAAGAACUUCAAGUACGCGUGGGUUUGGGGCUCCUCCGUCAAGCACCAACCCCAGCGUGUGGGAAAGGAUCAUCUUUUAGAGGAUGAGGAUGUUGUGCAGCUCGUGAAGAAGAUUUGA